AUGAAAACCUUCGAUUUGUUUGUUACGUUUUUGCUUUUCUUGAACGGUUUCACAACCGCACAAACUCUGAUUCGAGAUUCUUGCAAGAAAGCCGCAGCGACAGACCCAGAACUCAAACUCGGUUUCUGCGUCCAGUCUCUUGAAGGAGAUCCACAAAGCAAAACCGCAACUAGCCUGGAGGGAUUGGUCAUAGCAUCCGCUAAGAACGCUGCGUCCAAGAUGAUCAACGUGAAAGGUAUCGUUGAAAAUAUUCUCAAGGACAAGAGAGCUUCACUCGGUAUUGAGAUGUUGUCAGUGCUGAGAUGUUGUCAGUGCCGUGCGAAGGCCUACUACCACCGAUAUUUGGAUAUUGGGGGACUCAAAGGUAUAUAUUAUAAAUGGGGGCCUGAGACUAAUGCCUUUUUCAUUACACUAUACGCACGGCUCUGGAUGUUGUUACGCGGUUGCGUCGAGUUUUACGACACGGCUGGUGAUUCCAUAGACGAAGCUUUGACGAGCGUUAAAUCAGGUGAUUACGACUCUGCUAAAGUGCAUUUGACCGCUGCUUUGGAUGCACCGAGUGAUUGUGAAGAUGGAUUCAUGGAAAGGAAGCAACAUAAAUCUCCGUUUGCAAAUGAGAACAAUGUUUUGAGUCAGAAACUUUCGAUUCCUUUAGAUUUUACAGCUAUGUUGUGA